AUGCGUACUCAAAUGGAAUGCUGGAGCGCAAAGUUCUCUUCAGUGAAGAUGAUCGAAGCAUCACUCAGCCCAGUGACGGCCAGCCUCGCCAAUGGUUGCGAUGCGGUCUGCGCCUUUGUCAAUGACGACUGUGGUGCGGAGACAUUGGAGGCGCUCGCGGCGUGCGGCGUCGGCUGCGUCGCGAUGCGGUGCGCUGGCUAUGACAGGGUCGACCUCUCGAUGGCAGAAAGUCUCGGGAUAGUGGUGCUUCGCGUGCCUGCCUACUCGCCGCACUCGGUCGCCGAGCACGCGGUUGCGUUGAUGAUGGCGCUGAACCGCCAGAUUCGCUCGUUUGCCUGCAUGACGCGGCUGAGCAAACGAACAAGGCAACAUAUGUUUGCAGGCAACUAUGCGCUAUCCGGCCUCGUCGGCUUCGACAUGCACGGUAAGACGUGCGGCAUCAUCGGCACGGGCCUGAUUGGCCGCUGCACAGCGGCCAUACUCCUCGGCAUGGGCUGCCGGGUGCUUGCCUACGACCCGUUCCCGAACCAGACGGCGCGCGACAUGGGGAUCGAGUACGUCGAGCUCGAGGAGCUUCUCGCCUCGUCUCGCGACGAGACGCGACACCUGAUCAACAAGCACACCAUCAGCCUGCUCAAGCCCGGCGCGAUGAUCAUCAACACCUCGCGAGGUGGCCUCCUCGACACCGCCGCCGCCGUGGAGGGGCUCGACUCGCGAAAGAUCGGUGCGCGCUCGGCAUGGAUGUCUACGAGGAGGAGGGCGGUGCUCGGCGCCCUCGCCUCGCGGCCAAACGUGCUCGUGACGCCCCACAUGGCCUUCCUCACGGCCGAUGCCCUCGAGGCGAUCGCCGAGGUCACCGCGGAGAAUCUCGCCGAGUUUGUCGCGUCACGCCACGACCCGAGUCUCACUUUCACAAACCAGGUGCUGCCAUGA